UUAACUCCCCGCAAGUCGCAGCGACCAUUCCCGUCUUCGACGAGGGACAGAGAUGAUGGAAGGGGGUCGUCGCCGUUACGGCGGAGGCGUGGCGUUGCUUGCGUCGGGUUCCUCGGCGUCGAAGGCGGCUUCGGCGGCGGCCGAGCGGGAUUUGUCGGUGGAGGACGGGGUCGUGGCGGGAGUGACCGACGGGGAGGAAGUGGAGAAUGAUCGAGAUGACGAGGAGGGUUUGGAGCUAGGGUUGACGCUGGGAGCGGCGAGGAAGUCGAGUCUGCCUCCGGUGCCGUGGGGGCCGUGUUUGCGUAUCCUGACGGCGAAGGACCUUCCUUCCCUGGCGUCGCUUGCGCCCCCGAGGUCCCCCUCCGCCUCCUCCGUCUCAUCGUCAUCCGUCACCAAUCUGAGCAGCGGAGGAACCGGAACGAAGCGAGCGGCUGAGUCAGCUUCGCCGCUUGUCGGUGGUUCUCCUCAGCCUCCUAGUCAGAUGGUGGUGGGAUGGCCACCUAUCAGGGCAUUUAGGAUGAACAGCUUCUUUAGCCAAUCCAAAGACAACACCCCUGAAACUACUGCUGUUGCUAGCAACAAGAUGAGCGCCAGUAAGGACCAGAGCCAAAAGGAUCAAGGAAGGAGAAGAAUGGGAAUGAGAAGCUCAAUGUUUGUUAAAGUUAAAAUGGAUGGUGAUCCUAUUGGUAGGAAGGUUGAUCUCAAUGUCCAUCAUUCUUAUGAAGCUCUUGCAGUUUCACUUGAACUUAUGUUUCAGAAGCCCGCCAUGACUACAAACCUUCCACCUGCACUUGAUGGGGCCAAGGCUUUGAAGUUAAUGGAUAUCUCUUCUGAGUUUGCUCUCACUUAUGAAGACAAAGACGGGGACUGGAUGCUGGUUGGAGAUGUUCCAUGGGGAAUGUUUGUCGAAACUGCCAAGAGGCUUAGAAUCAUGAAGAUCUCUGAUGCAACUGGCCUUUGUAAGUGAAUUCUUAUUCGAUAGCACGAUCAACAGGAAGAAAUCCUUCGUGUGCCCUGAAACCAUAUGGAGGCAUUUUGUGAAGAGGAAGGAAAUGUAGACCCUGGAGCAUAUAGAGG